AUGGCUGACCUCGUCCAGAUCUUGUUUAGUGUUUCCGGCUCAGUGCAAGGGCCAACCUUGAUUAUAUAUAGGGAUUUUACGCAAAAAGCCGCAGUCAGACAGAAGUUGAAAGGAUGGUGUAGGAACACGACCUGCGGAAGGGUCGAGGGCGAGGUCCAAGGUGACCAAGCUGCUAUGAAGAAAUUCCUACAAGAGAUUGACAAAGGACCACGAAUGUCGCACGUGGUCAAGGUGGAGAAGAAGAACAUGGAACCCCAUGAGCGUGAGGACUCUUUCGAGGUACUGAGAACGGGCGAAUCUAUGUUCCAUUCAGGAUCUUGA